UUAUCAUUAAAAUAUCAUAUUUAUUCAUUCUUUCAUAUUUUAAGAGGAUAAGAACCAUAAACACUUUUGUAUCCAUGAAUUUCACUAAAAAGAGAAAGAUGUUACAAUAGGAAAAAUAUGGGACAAUGUCCCAAAAACGGAUUUUUUUAAACAAAAUAUCAGGAUGCCAUUCAAGGGUAGUGAUCAUUUGCACCAAAAACGUUAGUUCAGUUACUUUUCCACAUAAACUACAAAACCACAGACGACCCUUUUAACCAAACUUUUGGAACGAACCCGAAAGGUCGUCCCACCCUCGAAUAUCCGAUCUCUCAGGCGUGUUGUGUAAAACUAAUAUAAUUGAGUGGAUGUUCCACCAUCUGCAGAUGAGGGUGACGGGAUUCGACAUAACAUUAGAACUCAUGUGCUUCUUACAGUUGAAAAAUUCAUUUGGGAUUUGAUUCAGGUGGCAAUGUUUCAUGUAAAGCAUGAAUCCGUUUCAUUAUGCUUGAAGAUAUGUAUCGUUUUGGUGGUAUUUUCUCCACAACUACCCAAAGCCGAAAAAUUUGUGUCGUCUAGUUUUAAUCAAAGUUACCAUAACCAUAGAACAGGAUCAGCCACUAAUAUCCCUUGGAAUGUUCUCUUCGACCCUAGCUAUUCAGGAGUUGCCAAAGUUGACGGAGAUGCUCUAAAAUCCACUACCGAAAGUAGCGUAUCAGUAUUUUACGGACAUAGUGCGUAUUCUCCGUCUUCUUACGGGCAAUCCAGUCAAAAGAAAUCUGGUUAUGCUUAUAAAAGCCUUGUUUCAACUACUACUCGACCCCCAACUACAUCGUCAUCCCCAUAUAAAAGUCCUGUUGUAGUGGCAUACUCAUCACCGGAUGAAGAAAUCAAAUCGAGCGUAAAUUUUCCUAAUCCUACGUAUAAUCAACCUGUUUAUCCUGAUCAAGAUACAGAAUCUAACAAUAACCAAGUAGAAUCGAGACUUCAGGCACCAGUUUAUAGAGAAGGAUCAUAUUCGCGUCCUUACUACCCAGAAUAUAAUAGCGAUGACGACAAAAGGCCAGUAUAUAGCGAGAAUCCGUAUCGUAAGAAAAAACCAGUAAAUGACAGGAGACCUCAGGAAUUUUAUAACAAAAACAAACCUUCUAAUUACAACGAGCCGGACGAUCCUUCUGAUGAUCCUUUCGAAACUGAUGAAUCAUUUGAUGAUCUUUAUGCAAAAAAACCGAUCCCUCCAUCUUACAAAAAGGGCAAAGAUCGUCCAAAAAAACCAGAUAGAUAUCAACCGAGUUAUCACGUUAGCAAACCAGAGUAUUCUAGUGAAAGCAAACAUCAUCCUUUCUAUAAUUACGAUUAUUAUGGCGAUUAUUACGAUCACGGGGGACCUCCCGUUCAUUUCAAACAUAAAGUUUAUUCAAAAAAGAAAUCGAAAUACGCGCCAUUAGCUUUGGCAUUAGGAUUACUUCCUUUGGGAUUGAUGUUAGCAGCCAUUGUACCAAGCGUAAUGACCAUACCCGCUACAGUAACCACAGCAGCUGGAAGAAAGAAGAGAAGCAUUUUAGAUCAGAAAUAUUCCAACCCUGUACUUGAUGCCGUAACUACUUACGGUGUGAGAAAUUUAGACGACCCUAUGUGCUUGCAAAGAAUAUUUUGUCAAGUCACAAAUGAAGGAAAAAACGAGAAAUCGAAUUUCUUUCAGAAGAUUUUCUAUGGAAUUACUAAACUAAUUGACGAAGGUUGGGCCGAAAAAUUUGGUAUGAAACUUCUAGUUCGAGCUAUUAAACGAGAUAAAUGUGAAUUAUUUCCAUGUCCUCCGAAAGAAAAGAAGGAUCCUUAA